GAACACAAUUGUACUUGAGAUGUUUUUUCAAUUUUAUUUUGAUUCUUUAGUUACUAGGUUUAUAUCAACUAACUUAUUUAUUCAUCAACAUGCCAGCUCCAUUUGAAAAAGGUUCCGAAAAGAAGGGUGCUACUCUCUUCAAGACUAGAUGUUUGCAAUGUCACACCGUUGAACAAGGUGGUCCACACAAGGUUGGUCCAAACUUGCACGGUGUUAUGGGUAGAAAGUCCGGUUUGGCUGAAGGUUACUCUUACACUGACGCCAACAAGAAGAAGGGUGUUGAAUGGACUGAACAAAACAUGUCUGACUACUUGGAAAACCCAAAGAAGUACAUUCCAGGUACCAAGAUGGCUUUCGGUGGUUUGAAGAAGGCCAAGGACAGAAACGACUUGGUUACUUACUUGGCUUCUGCUACCAAAUAGACAAUAGAAUAACCUCUGUACAUAUAUAAAAUAAUAUCUGAUGUCGCUGUGAAC